CCCAGCGGAGAGUUGAGAUCUCCUCAAUGAAUACUCCGAAGAAAGAAGCAGGACGGACUCUGGUGACGAGAAUGGGUCCGAAGGUACUGUCACCCCUCUUCCCAUGGCUCAUUCUCCUAACCCUCAUUCUCCUCCUCCUCUACUCCUCACUCCUCUCCUCCCCGCCACCCAAACCAAUCCCCACUUUACCCUCGUGCAAUCUCUUCAAUGGCCACUGGGUCCAAGACCCCGACCGCACACCCAUGUACGACGAGAGCUGCCCGUUUCACCGAAACGCGUGGAACUGCUUGAGGAACAAGAGGGACAACAUGGGUGUCAUCAAUUCAUGGAAAUGGGUUCCUCGUGACUGCGACUUACCUCGGAUCGACCCGGUUGAGUUUCUGGGUCUGAUGAGGAACAGGAACAUUGGGUUUGUCGGUGACUCUUUGAAUGAGAAUAUGUUGGUGUCGUUUUUGUGCCUACUUCGGGUCGCGGAUUUGGGGGCUAAGAAGUGGAAGAGGAAAGGGGCUUGGAGAGGUGCUUAUUUUCCCAAGUUUAAUGUUACGGUUGGCUACCAUCGUGCUGUGUUGCUCGCUAAAUAUGAGUGGGAGCCAAAACAGCAUACAGAUGGUGAUCAAGAUGGACUCAAAGGAAUAUAUCAAGUAGAUGUUGACAUUCCUUCUGAUGAUUGGGCAAACAUUGGUGAUUUCUAUGAUGUCCUUGUUUUCAACACUGGCCAUUGGUGGGGCUUUGAUAAAUUCCCAAAAGAGACUCCUCUCACUUUCUAUCGUGCGGGUGAACCAAUAUAUCCUCCGCUUGAUAUAUUGAGUGGAUUUAAAGUUGUUGUCGAAAAUAUGGCUUCAUAUAUACAAAACAAAGUUCCUUUGAAGACAUUGAAGUUUUGGCGUUUACAAUCACCAAGGCAUUUUCAUGGGGGUGACUGGAAUCAAAAUGGCAGUUGCUUGUUUAAUAAACCCCUUGAGGAGCAACAGCUUGAUUUGUGGUUUGAUCCCAGCAACAAUGGACCAAAUAAAGAAGAAAGACUGCUGAAUCGUCUCAUAGAAGACGCAUUGCAAGGAACUGAUAUUCAAUUGCUUAACCUGACUCGUCUGAGUGAGUUCAGAGCAGAUGCCCAUCCAGCAAUAUGGUUGGGACAGAAGGAUGCCGUCAAAGUCUGGGGCCAGGACUGCAUGCACUGGUGCUUACCUGGUGUACCAGAUACAUGGGUUGACAUUUUAUCACAACUGAUCCGUAUUGGUUUGGAGAUGCAAUGAACACUUGGUUGAACAUCUGUUCUAAAAUUGCAUUCCAGGACGGUUUCUACAUUGGAGAUGCGAUGAACACUUGGUCGAACAUCUGUUCUAAAAGUGCAUUCCAGGACGGUUUCUACAGAUGAUGGAUUUAGCUUAAACUCCCUAUGCAGAGUAGGCAAAGAAGGCCACGACAAUGUUUCAAAUUGAGAGUAUACAAGCACAUGAAGUCUGACUAGGAACUUAGUGAAAGCAUUUUGAUGAAGUUAGCUGUUCCAUAUUUUUGAAAGGAGAGUUGGGAUCAUUGUAUCUCUGGUACAUGGGAUGAUGGUAUUUUCCAAGUUAGGAGUCCCAUCGUUGUUUGUGUUGCAGUUUAAUAAAGAGGUGUGUCAUGUACUAACAUGUAAGCAAAAGCUAAAGCUUAAUAUUCAAAAGAGAGAUUCACCAUUCUACC